UAUAUAUAAAAAAUAGGUAUAGAAUUCGCUCAAACUUUCGAAAAAUUUUCCGAGGCCCGGAGGGCCGAAUGUCAUAUACCAAUCGAUUCAGCUCGACGAACUGAGCAAAUGUCUCUGUGUGUGUGUGUGUGUGUGUGUGUGUGUGUGUGUGUGUGUGUGUGUGUGUGUGUGUGUGUGUGUGUGUGUCUGUAUGUGUGUUGUCAACUAAGAGGUCGAGAUCUCAGAGAUGGCUGGACCGAUUUUGAUCAAACUAGUCGCAAAUGAAAGGUCUCCCCGUCACCCAGAACGCUAUUGAAUGGUUUUGAGAUCGGAUGUUUACUUUUUGAGUUAUACGAAGUUUUAUGUCAAAAUUUUCAGUUUUUUGACAGUAUCUGUCACAUUUGACCUUGAAAACAGAAUAUGUUUCCAGACUUAGAUUUCGCUCGGUAAUACCUAUCCAACAAGCCAUAGAUUGUUAAAAUCCGUCCAUUUUUAACGGAGAUAUCGAUAUUUUUGUGUAAGCCUUAUUCCAGUAGAAGGAAUUUUGAGCGCUGUAUGAAAAAGCAAUGCUUGGGAGCAACAUGAAACACGAUUUUUUAUAUUGUUACAUAUAAUUGUUUCUAAGUACCAAAAAGACUGUGUACAGCAUCCUUUUGUAUGACAAUUUGCCUCGGACCAAUUUUAGCACGGUUCAUUUUUGGCAACAUAAUCUUUCGAAUAUGGCAUAUGUAAACCAGAUGAUAUCAGCAUUAUCGAGUUGGAAGUGAUUCCAUAAUUAUAUUGAUUUAAACUAUUUACAGCAAUAAAUGCUGGAAGAACAUGACUUCCAUAUACCAUACGACUCAGUUCGUCGAGAUCAGCAAAUGCGUGUGUGACAAAUAAUUUUACUCAAUUUUCUCGGAGAUGGUUAAACCGUUUUCUACAAUCUCAGAUAUGAAAAGUCGUAUACUCCCAAACAAGGUUCCUGAAUUACGUUUGGAUCCGACUUCUGAUUGCGGAACCACAGGAUGAUAUGUGAAACGAAAUUAAAAUAAUGGAAUUAAUUUUUCUCGUAGAAGGCUGAACCGAUCUAAGAUUCAAAUGAAAUCUAAGAAUCAUCUAUGAUUCAAAUGAGAGGUCUUAAAAUCCUAUAAAACCUCUUACUUUUUAGUCAGAUCCGACUUCUGGUUUAGAAAAUGCAGGGUGAUUAGUAUAAAAAUGUUCAUUUCACAUAAAUUAAUCAGGUUUAUCGGGUUUGCAGAUUUGAAUAGUCGAUUACCAAAUAAAUUUAUUUCAGUUUGAGCGGUAUUCGUUUUUGGAUUCGGAAUGUACCCCCAAAUUUUAAUUCGCACUACAAUUUCUCAAAGAUGUCUACACACUCCUCAGGUGAAUUUAACUGAUUUCGGCUACACCGAUUUUAGAAUUCCGGUUCCAGUAUCGAAUCGAUUCUCAAAGCUCAAUCAUUUUCUCAAAAAAGACCAAAUCGAACUUCAAACACAGAUAUUACAGGACUUAAGGUUCCAUACAAAAUUGGUGAAUUUUAUCCGAUUCUGGAAUUACAGAUGAUGAGUUUAUAAAUUUCAUGUAAAUUGUUUGGCGUAAUAAUUUAUGGCUAUUCGAAUCAUUUCGAGUUAUGCUAGUUCCUGAAUACCGGUUCUGGAAGUACCAUAAAUAAUGACGAAAAACUCUAAAGUGGAACUUACUUCGACAUCUCAUGGAAUGUUCAAUCGAUUGUCACACGCUAAGAUUGAAAUUCGAUAUGUUUUGCAGUUUCGGCAUUACAGGAUAAUGAGUGAUUAAAAUCUCAAUUUGCCGUUUUAAACGACGAUAAUUAAAAUAAUGUCAUGAGAACUAAAACACCUAAGUAUAUCCAUGCAAAAACACAUGCGUAUUGAUAAAAAAAGGUAUCAUCUCACUGCUAGGUGGAUUAAUCACGUUUUUAUAUAUAUAAAAAAUAGGUAUAGAAUUCGCUCAAACUUUCGAAAAAUUUUCCGAGGCCCGGAGGGCCGAAUGUCAUAUACCAAUCGAUUCAGCUCGACGAACUGAGCAAAUGUCUGUGUGUGUGUGUGUGUGUGUGUGUGUGUGUGUGUGUGUGUAUGUGUGUUGUCAACUAAGAGGUCGAGAUCUCAGAGAUGGCUGGACCGAUUUUGAUCAAACUAGUCGCAAAUGAAAGGUCUCCCCGUCACCCAGAACGCUAUUGAAUGGUUUUGAGAUCGGAUGUUUACUUUUUGAGUUAUACGAAGUUUUAUGUCAAAAUUUUCAGUAUCUGUCACAAUUGACCUUGAAAACAGAAUAUGUUUUCAGACUUAGAUUCCGCACGGUAAUAGCUAUCCAACAAGCCAUAGAUUGUUAAAAUCCGUCCAUUUUUAACGGAGAUAUCGAAUUUUUUGUGUAAGCGACUUUUCCCCAUAUUCCAGCAGUAGAAGUUCUGAGCGCUGUAUGGCAAAGAAAGUCUUGGGAGCAACGUAAAACACGAUUUUUUAUACUGUUACAUACAAUAGUUUCUAAGUACCGAAAAGACUGUGAACAGCAUUAUUUUUCAUGACAUUUUGCCACGGUUCGUUUUUGGCAACAUAAUCGUUCGAAUAUGACAUAUUGGAAAGAUGGCAGUACUUCCGAAUUCUGAACAAUUUCAAAAUUAUAUUGAUUUAAACUGAUUACAGCAAUAAAUGCUGGAAGAACAAAACACCCAUAUACCAUUUGAAUCAGUUCGUCGAAAUCAGCAAAUGCGUAUGUGACAAAUGAUUUCACUCAAUUUUUUACCUUAUUUUCGAAGAUGACUCAACCGUUUUCUACAAACUCAGAUUCAUAUGAAAAUUCGUAUGCUCCUAAACAAGGUUCCUGAAUUCUGUUUGGAUCCGACUUCUGGUUCCGGAACUACAGGAUGAUAUGCGAAACUAAAUUAAAAUUGUGUAACUUAUUUUCCUCGUAGAUGGCUGAACCGAUCUAAGAUUCAAAUGAUAUCUAAGAAUCAUCUAAGAUUUGCUGAUUUGAAUAGUCGACAACCAAAUAAACUUAUUUCAGUUUUAGUGGUAUUCAGUUUUCGAUUCGGAAGGCACCCAACAAUUUAACUCGUACUACAAUUUCUCAAAGAUGUCUAUACUGAUUUUUAAACAUAUUGAAACAAAUGUAAACUAAUCAGGUGAAUUUGUCUGACUUCGGCUACACCGAUUUUCGAAUUCCGGCUCCAGUAUCGAAUCGUUUCUCAAAGCUCAAUCGUUUUCUCAAAUAAAGCCAAAUCGAAUUUCAGAAAAAAAAUCAAAUUAAAAUAAACUUAUAGUCCCACACAAAAUUAAUUAAUUUUAUUCAAUGCUGACUUCCGAUUCUGGAAGUACAGGAGGAUGAAUUUUUAAAGUUCAAAACGAUAUAGAAGAUGAUAAUCCCGAAAAGCUUGAAAGUUGGACUCAAAACUAUUGCAAUUUAUUCGUCAUAUGCCCAUACGAAUCGGUUGGUUUAUGCUGGUUCCUGAAUACCGGCUCUGGAAGUACCUUAAAUUACCGUAAAUUCUAAAGUGGAACUCACUUCGACAUAUCAUAAAAAGUUUAAUCGAUUGUAACCUUUUUAGAUAGAGUAAUGAGUGAUUAAAAUGUCAAAUUGCAGCUUAAAACGACGGUCAUUAAAAUAAUGUCAUGAAAACCGAAGAAUAUUCAUGAAAAAAAAACAUGCGGAUUGAUAAAAAAAGAACAUGACGCUUACUAUUCCAUGUCCAAACUUCAUCUCAGCAUACCUACAUCCAAGGAAGCAUACAUCAUCCUGCGGAACCAUCCCUUACUGAAUCUCUCUCGGUAUCAAGAUGACACAUCCGAACGAUAUGUCUACGCAAUUGAAAGUCCAGCAGAGAAAUUCUUGAAGAUUGGUAACAAUUCCGGAGAUAUUUGGCUCGGGUCAUCCGUUCUCGAAGUGAAAAAUACAACCGAAUUCAUUAUUGUCGCCACCAGUGAAACGAAAACUUUGCGUUUCAGUCUGACCAUCACACCGGUCCCGCUGGAAGAGAACCAUCUGACCAGUUACUGUGAGGAGCAUCUCGAUGAGAUUUGCUUUUGGAAAUCAGCCACUUACAAAAUCAGUGAAAAUGAACCACCUGGAUUUAGAAUCGGCUCGCUUGCUGCAAAACUUUAUCAACAGCUGUGCCGGACAGAAUCUGUCAGCUAUGCUCUUACCAAUGGAACUGAUUACCUCUACGAACGCAACGGCUCAAUCUACAGCAGCGUCGUUUUCGACCACGAUUUACCCAACCCAGGACCAUUGCUGCAGGCCAAUGUACGCUGUGCGGUGCAGAUGGGUGGGAACGAAAUUCCCCUACUGCUGAAUCGAACCGUUGGCGUUGUCGUUUUGGAUCGAAACGAUAAUCGACCACGCGUCCAGCACGCCACUAACACGUAUGUCGAGCUGCACCUGGAUGAUCCCCAUAUUAGUCAGGACCAACCACUGGCGCAUCUCAAGGUACUGUUCAUAGAUAAUGACACCAUCGCCACUAACAGCCAUGUACACUAUCAUUUGCUAAAUGAUACGUACGGAUUAUUCGAACCAAAAUGUACCACCUUCGAAUUAGCACAACCUGCUCCUAUCAAGCAAACUGUUUUCGGCUGUGAACUAAUCGCUCGGCAAACUGGUCUCUUCUCCAAGGACCGAUAUUGCGUUACAUUGCAAGCAGUUGAUGAGUCCGUACCAGAAAGCAUCUCUCGAAGCUCGUUGGAGAACUGUACGAUCUGCAUGUUUGCAAACCAUGAACGCAUUCAGCUUCCACGGCCAGAGGCACUGAUUAGUGGUGAUAAUCCGACAGUUUCUGACAGCAAUAAAACACCGCGUGCAGGUGGAAAAAAGCGAUCCAGCAACAAGAAUGUAUCAAAAAAACUGACGAAUUUCGAAUAUCCAGAUCGUGUCGUAUUGUACACAACAACAACGCGAUUUGCCCGAGUCGCUGUUCCAAACAAUUUUCUGCUGCAAAUGAAUGACACCUCAGUAGAUCUAGAGUAUCGUAUUAAAUUCAAUCCACUGGACGCUUUCGGAAUCACAAAGGUAGCAGGUAUUAUUUUCGUUAUGAAUUCAACAAGCCUCCAAAAGCAGCCAAUCGGUAUUACUCUUCCAUUGACUGUGACCUGGCGAAAUCAUAGCGCCACAAUUCACAUAGAAAUUCAAUCCAUUCCGGGAGCUUCGUGCAAUGCCUCAACUGAUCACUUCUGUUCCAUUCAUUCCGAUCGGUCCAGUUGCACUUCGGGCUGUGGCAUAGGUAGCCAAGAAGGCAACUGUCAAUAUAGAACGCCAGAGGAACUGACCGGAAACCCGUUUGCGGAGGCUAACCAAUUUAGAGAAGACUAUGCUACCUGCUCGCCUGAUUUGCAGUACUGUCCGGACAAUGUGUGCGACCCUCUCGAAGAAAUGGCGUAUCGAGAUUCAUUUCAAAUAUGCCCUCAAGAUUGUGCUCCGACGAAAGAAAUUCUCGGUUUGCACCAUUCCGAACCUAGUAAAUCAAGAGGCAUUCAUAUGUCGGCUUCACCGUGCACAUGCCGGGCAACCGGAAAAUGCGAUUGCACGCAGUCAUUCGGGAUCAAGAAGGAGUAUCGAAAACCCAAAACGAAACCCACGUCAGCAGUUGCGACUACUACGACAGCGACGGAAUCACUUCUAAAUCGAACCGCUGGAGCAUCAUCACCAGCGGCCGCUAGGGAUGGAAGCUACUAUCACACCGGAAUAAUGAACGGACCGAAUGCACCUUUUUAUUUGCUGGCUAUCGUGUUCAUACCUAUGAUUGUAGCGAUUAUGAUUGUGUUGUACUGUUUUACGCAUAAAGUCAAACUAAAAAAGAAGCUCGCUGAUGGAAACAACAUAUCUAUGCGUAUGGUGAGCAAUGAAACCGAGGUGUUCAACAUGGAUCUGUCGCUGAACUCACGGAUGAAUGAUAUCAAUUUUAAAAUCGAUUUCGACACGAAGUGGGAAUUUCCCAGAGCCAAUCUAAUCCUAGACGAGACUCUUGGCGAGGGUGAAUUUGGCAAGGUACUGAAAGGAUAUGCUACCGAUCUGCCGGAAAAGCGUGGCAUCACAACGGUGGCCGUUAAGAUGCUCAAAACCGGCGCCAACUCCGUAGAACUGUUGGCCCUCCUAUCCGAGUAUCAACUUCUCCAGGAAGUUGCCCACCCGAAUGUGAUUCGUUUGCUCGGAGCUUGUACCAAAGGUGAAUCUCCUUUAUUGAUCAUGGAGUACUGUCAGUAUGGAUCUUUAAAGAACUACCUUCGAUUGAGUCGAAAAUUGGAGGAUCUCAACCUGGCGGACUACGAGAACGCUAUCGAACCGAUUACAGUCAAGGACAUCCUUUCGUUUGCCUGGCAAAUUAGCAAGGGAAUGGCCUACCUCACUGAAAUUAAAUUGGUUCACCGAGAUUUGGCCGCUCGUAAUGUGCUGUUGGCAGAAGGAAAAGUAUGUAAAAUAUCGGACUUUGGAUUGACACGCGACGUCUACGAAGACGAUGCGUAUUUGAAGAAAAGUAAAGAUCGAGUGCCGGUUAAAUGGAUGGCACCGGAAUCGUUGGCCGAUCAUAUCUACACGACCAAAAGUGAUGUUUGGGCAUUUGGUGUACUCUGUUGGGAAUUGAUAACACUUGGUGCUUCUCCGUACCCUGGAAUACCACCACAGAAUUUGUACACCUUGUUAAAACAGGGCUAUCGAAUGGAGUGUCCCAAAAAUUGUUCCGAGGAAAUAUACAGCAUUGUGCGCUCAUGCUGGACGGAUGACCCAAAGCUUCGCCCUUCGUUCAAAUUCUUGGCUGGCCAGUUUGAACAGUUACUAGGUCGCAGUGCCAAGUACGUGGACAUGGAGCAGAACUCAAUCUCCAACCCUGUUUACUGCGAGAAUAGCGAUGAAACCGAUGGCGCUAAAAUCUCCUUUGUGAAAGAGGAACAAACACGUCUUGAAUCUCUCUGGUGCACUCCUCAGUACGAACCGACAACGGACGGUAUUACUGUGGAUAGUUUCCGUUACCUCUCACCCAUCACGGACAAAAAGGCCUUGCUGUUGCAAAGUUACGACACUCCCCGUCCAUUAAUUGAAACAUCUACGAUCGAACAGAAACUACGCUACGAAAACGACGUUCGACUACGGCCUAAGAAGAUGUUGAACGGCGUCUAUUUACCGUCCUCCACACCGACCGUUUACAUCAACUCGACCAGUCACCCUAACCUGUUCUGCAAUUCCAUCGACGAGACAUCUUUCAUAGUCCCUACCGAGUAUGACUCGCCUAGCAAGCAACCACGACGGGUGUCUUACUUGGACAUGAACAAAAACAGUGUCAACCUGAAUCUGGAAAUCAACAAUAUUGUUGAUAAAAAACAAUCGAAAGAUAUUGCCUUCCGGUUUUCCAGUGUCGACAAUAAUCUGCAGAUCAUUGGCGCUCCUUCAGUCUUCAUUCCUAUAGAAUCCGAAAACAACCACAACGCCGACUGUGGACGAGACGAGGUGGAUUAUCCCUUCAAAAAACCCAACGUCCAGGAAAAGCUAGCUGCAACCGUAACUUCGACUGUUUAGAUAGAGAAAAUCGGAUUUCUGGAGAUUGUUGAAUUUUUUGAAUCGUUUAACAUUUUCCAUUAUUCGUAAAAGCGAGACUAAACCAGUAAGGCAAAAAGUUAUGACUAAGUGGUCUUAUAUGAAUGGAACCAAAAUAUUAGAAAAAAAGCAAAUAUUUGAUAUCAAUAUUACAAUAUAGAUAAUAAGAAUGUACUCGUUACGCAGAGCUUAACGAAAGAGAGAUUUGAAGAAGUGCGAUGUUUGAUUUUAUAUUAUUUAGUUUUGUUAACUCUUUGUUUGUUAGUUGUAAACGUGAAAAGUUGAUCUCAUUUUCUAUGUAAUCGAAUACCAAAAAAACCUCUGUUUACUUGCUACAGUUGGUAGAUUUAUGUUUUUCAUGAACGCUAUUUAUUUUUAUAUGUUUAGAAACAAGAACAAAUGUGCCAUAAACUGUUACUGUACGUUUAGAUAACUGGUGAAAAUUCGUUGAUUCCGGUCCUACAAUCAGUUACUAAAGAUCGUUUUUUUUUUGCGAAAUCGUUUCUCCUUUUCCUUCUUGUCGUUCGCUCUAUUUAUCAUCUUCUUCAUUCCCAGAACGAUGAGAGCGAAUAUUUGAAAACGAUCAAAACGAGUUAUCCACGAAAAUAUAUUGAAUGAAGGCUGGAACUAGCGAUACGAUACGAUCAUUCCUGAAUGUAUGUGUUAUAGGACUAUAUAAAAGAUGCAAUCAAUCUGUACAAGCCAUCAGCACUGACGUACUCUUUAACUUUACAACCACAAAAACAGGAUGUGAAUAAAUAUUAUUACAGCCAUAAACUUUGUUUCAAUGUGCCAAUAAAUUCCA